UAUUUAAUCCUCAUUUUUAUAUUUUGUAGAACUCCCAGUAGGCCUGGGGUAACUUAGUUGGUAGAGCAGGUGUUAGGGAAUUUUAUAGGGGGGGCACCCAAACGAGGCUUCAUUUGGGAAUCAAGAUUUGCCCUAACAGCAGGAGACUCUUAAACUCGAGGUCGUGGGUUCGAGCCCCACAUGGGGCAAAAGAUUCCUUCCAACUCUUACGAAGGAGCAUCAGUAACCACCCCAUCCAGCUUUACCCAGUCCACUUCUAUUUAUUCGCUUACUUUAACCAAUUUUACACAUCCCGCCUUGGGGAGGCGGCAAGCAGCGUUUGAAAUUCCCCAAGCGCCUUUUUCACCUUGCGACCCCCCCCCCCCCGGUCUGGAGGUGUGGGUGCCUGGGGAUCCUUGGAUCUUGACUGUUUUCACACACUUAGCAACACAUCCUGUAGAAUACUGUUUGACCUGCACAAUCAAUGAAUUUCAGGAACCAAAAAGUCAUAUGGGGAAAUACGACUUCCGGGCCAUCUGGCCUCAAAGUGACAACUAGGCCUCCCAUUUUGGCAACUGUAAUCCUGGAUUAAGGAGUCAUUUGGCAUCCAGUCUAAAUACAUGAGUUUCUAACACUGGUGGCAAAGCACCGUUAUGGGAUCUUGCUGUGAGUUCACAAGGCAAUAGCAGCCAAGUGAGGUGAAAGGCUGACACCUCUUCAACAUGAGGACAGGGGCUAUUUUGACCUUGAAUAAGCCCACAGGACAAGUGGUGAAGAUGGAAGCAAAAGGCAAGAGUGGGAAAGAAGCCUUGGGUGUUAAUUGAGAAACAUGACUGACUCUGACUGCUGUGAAAAUUGCAGUAUAUAUGGGUGUUUGCAUAAAACUAAUAACCAGCUGAAGUUCUAGCAGUGGAAAAAGGAGGACAAGAUUGAAAAUCACUUUAAGUACCAUUGUACGUUAAAGUACAUUAAGAUAUCUUUUGUUGCCAUAAGUGUAGUGUGAGAGAGUAUUGGGAGUGGUCUGUGCAGGCUACAGUGGUUAUGAAAGCACUUAUGUUCUGAACAUUUCAUCCAGAAUGCCACAAGUUGUUAAGAGAGAUGGGAGAUAAACCCCUAAAUUAAAUAACUUCUCUAAAGUCCUCACACCAUGAAUGUGCAGAGUUUAUUCACUGCAAACAAUUUUUUAAAAAAGUUCAGUUGUGCUCUAGAAUUUGGUACCCUGCAUCACAUGGUGCUUAGUGAUGGGUAUAUCUUUUUUUUUUUGCAAAUAUAUUGGGUGGGAAUUAUGAUAGACUUGUACUCUGAAUCUGGUGAUGGGCAGGCAGGUAAAACUGUGGAAAACUGAAUGCUGAAGUAGAUCUUUGAACCCAGAGGCAUGGGUUCCUUUGCCUCCCUGAACCCAAGAAACCUGCUGGAUUCAAGGGGUUUUUCUGUGCAGCACUGCAUCUCUGACAAUUGCCAGCUAGGCCACAGAAUAGGAAGGAAACAUUUUUCCUCAUUUAAAUUUGUACUCUGUAAUCUGUUUUCAUAGAUUUAUGGCACAGCAUUAUUUACAAGAGGGUUAGAAUACCAGGGGUGUGGAACCUCUGGCCUGUGGGCCAGUCUUGGCCCACCAUUAUCCUUUCACUACACUUCAAGGGCCCACUUUGACAGACAGGUGAGACUGCCCACCUAUCAGUCACAUUCUGUCAGGUGGUGGUCAUGCCCCUUGUGAAAAUUGCCCCACAGGGGUGCGGGGAGGUAAAAAUCUGGCACUCUGCGCCAAAAGAUUCCGUACUCCAAAAUAUAUACCAUUUAAGCAUUGAAUCCACUGAGAGGUUCGCCGGAACAUGUUAGCAGGACAUUGACGGAUCUAAACCAAAUGAACUUGGAAGGAAGCCCCACUGUUUUCAGUGGGACUUUUUUCUGAGUAUGCAUGUUUGGGAAAACGUGAUGUUGUUUUUAUGAAAAGGUUUAUCUACCACUAUUCUUCCAUCAUAGCUAUAGUGGCAUUCAUCUCCUUUGAGUAAAGAUAUAUUACUAGGACUACUAAAUCAGUUCUGAUAUACUUUCAAGUCGGCGUACACAGAACUGUAACAUUAGUUUUGUGGUCAAGUAGUAUUUAUUUUUCACUUUGUAGACUAAGCAGUGGUAAAAGGUUAAAUGUAAUGUUUGCUCAUUACCCUCUGAUUUUCUUGUUUUUGAAUGGCCAGAUGCAAAGGAGGAUAGCAGGGAUUCCAUGCCUUUUAGUAUUUAUAUAGAAAAGGAAAUUUUGUCAGGUAUAAUGUUUUUUAUUUUGGUGUGGGAAGCUGAAAUUCCCUGCUUUCUUUCGAUCUGAUCACUUUAUCAGAAAGAUUUAUAGCUGUACAGCACAAGCCAGUGCAUGUUUACUUGAAAUCAAGUCUCACUGUGUUAAGUGAGGCUUACUCCAGGUAAAUGUGUGGAACUGCUGUUUUGUGUAUGCUUACUCAGAUGUCCCACUUAGUUCAGUGAGACUUACUUCUCGGUAAGUAUGUAAAAUUGAAGUCUUAAGCAUAGCUGUCAACUUUUCCCUUUUCUUGCGAGGAAUCCUAUUCGGAAUAAGGGAAUAUCCCAUUAAAAAAGGGAAAAGUUGACAGCUAUGGUGUUAAGUCAUUUGACACUAUAUUCAGAGAGUGCUUUAUUCAGUUGGUGCAUGUUCUACACCAACUCCCUUUCUUAAGUUGCUGCUAUUCUACCAUCCAAUUUGACUAAAAGAACCCGUACUCAGUCCUACUGAAAUUUGGAUAUAAAAUUGACAAUGUUUCUUUUUAUAAGAAGUUGCUGUGGAUCAUAGUUCCGACUUUGGUAACAAGCAAAGACAAAUGGUUUGCCCCAGUAUUUAGGCUGGAACAAUAAUAAGGAAAACUCCUUAUUACCAUGCAUCUUGCUGGUAGUCAUUUAUUUCAAAAGUGCUAAAUUCAAUAAUUACCCUUAAAACAUCCAUAGAAAACCGCAAACAGAACACAGAGGGUUUUUUUUAAGGUAUAAUAAUAAUUUAUACCCCACCCAUCUGGCUGGGUUUCCCCUGCCACUCUGGGUGGCUUCCAAGAGAAAUAUUAAAAUACAAUAAAUAAUUUAUUAAACAUUACAAGCUUUCCUAAACAGGGCUGCCUUCAGAUGUCCUCUAAAAGUCUGGUAGUUGUUUUUCUCUUUGACAUCUGGUGGGAGUGCGUUCCACAGGGCGGGUGCCACUACCAAGAAGGCCUUCUGCCUGGUUCUAACUUGGCUUCUCGCAGCGAGGGAACUGCCAGAAGGCCCUCGGCACUGGACCUCAGAGUCCGGGCAGAAUGAUGGAGGUGGAGACACUCCUUCAGGUAUACUGGACAGAGGUACCCUUCACAUUCAUAUUAUCUGAACUGUCCUGAGAUCUUACAAUGAAGGGUGGCAUAUAGAUUUAAUAAAUAUUAUGAAUGUAGUAGAAAUUGUAGUAAAAUAUAAGUGCAGUGUGAGGGAAUUGGCUGUUUUGGAUUUAUUAGCCCACAGUUGAAGCAUGUGAGGUUGAUCCUGUGUUUCUGCUAUCAGUGAGUAGAAACUCUUGAGUAGAAGCUGGUAUGAAGAAUAGAAACUGUGUUCCUAGGAACUCUGGAGGUUUCUUGGUGAGAAGUUCAGUAUUAGUGCAUUAAUUGCCUGAAAUACAGUUCAGCCACCACCGAUGCCAAUUUUCCUUGAUAACAUAUAUGUUGGCAUAUUCUAGAAGUGCCUUGUAUGAACUGGGAAUGCACCCCAAAAUGUGAUCUCUAGAACUGUUUGCACAUGAAGGGAAUCUCACAAGAAAAUUGGUGUAUGAAGUGUUCCAUUAGGGUAGGAAGUAUGAAAAUACCAUUCUUUAGGACAGUGAAUGUGAGACCGUUGCAUUUUUCAUAGAAAAGGAAGUACAGUGGAACUUCUCACGACCACAAUCUGUUCUGGAGGCCUGUCAUUAUGUUGAAACAGGUCACUGGUAGAAACGCUGUUGUGCGCAGGCGCAUUUGGCGGCAGCCCGCUUCUGUGCAUAUGCAGACGGCGGCAGCCACUUCUGCGCAUGUGUGAAUCACAAACCCGGUGUUUACUUCCGGGUUUGCCGUGGUCGCGACUUGGAACGGGCCUAAGUAGAGAGGGACGUAAGUAGAGGUUCUACUGUAAGUGUUAUACAUUGCAAUUCCACGUGGCGGUGGAAAUAGAAAAGAUGAGUAUUUGGUUGCUGAAAUUCUUAGAGAUUUUAUUCUGAUACCCCAGAUGGCAUUGUGAAAGCAAAGAAAAAAAUAAAUUAUGGGUGGAAAAAUUGGUUUCUUUCUCAAAAACUUUAAUCCCCACCCCCGAAAGAAUAACUGGAAUUUUGGGGGAACAGUGAUAACCCUGUCUUUUGCAUUUUUUUCUGUAUGAAAAUUUUCAUAAAAGAUCUUUGAAACUGGUGGAAGGCGGGUAUUGAUAUUGUUUGCUAUUAUGAUAUGUAUUUUUGUGUUUUUAUAUUUUAAACUGCCCUUCAAUCUUUGGAUGAGGGAUGGUAUAGAAAUUUAAUAAAUAACAAACACCGCCACCAGACAAUCUGCAUAAAGCAUUAGAAAAUUAUAAAAUCUGUGUAUACUGAAAUAUAUACAAAAAUCAAAUCUGAGAUACAUUCUGCACCUAUAAGAUUCUGCUGUCUUUAUGAGAGGAGUAUAUAGGGCCUUCAUUACUUGUGAAUGCUUGCCUUCUUCUGGUGACUUUUGAUCUAGGUUGGGUUUAGACACAUCAAAAAAGUGAUUAAGUUAAACACGUAAAUUUCAUAACGGAAAUCCUGUUGACGAAAGACAUCAGUGCCAUCUGGUUUCACAGUAUUAUAACGCAUAUAAAGCAUUUUUUCUUUACCAAUGUAGCUGAGUCCCUAGUUUAGAGAUACUAAAUGCAUGUAUGUCUGCAGUCGAUUUGACUUAACUCCUUCCUUGUUGUAGUUUCUUGCUCCCCUGAAACAAUUUAUCCUUACACACUAUGCAAGCUUACCCAAUAGCAUAUAGAGUGGGUACAGCAUAUAGAGAGUACAGCAUAUAGAGUGGGUCUCACUUCUAAGUAAGCAUGCAUAGGAUUGCUCUGUGUAUUUCAUAAAUACACUAAAGGACACAGUUAAGUUGUGUUAAAACAGUAAAAUAAGUUUAGGUUUGAUAAGAAAUUAUUGCAUAGAUCUAUUCCCAAAAUUUCCACCCGCCUACUAAAAAGAGGACCCAUUUUCCCCCCUCUUCCAUGGAUUUCAUAUUUUUAUAAAUUUUACAUAUUGACCUAGGAUUUGAAAUUGUCUUCAAGCUCCUGGUCCCAUGCAUUACAUGCAAUUCUCAUGUAAGUGGUGCUUUCUGGACAUAUAUAUGCUACACAGUUUAUGUUUGCCUAUUAUGGUUCUCCCCCCCCCCCCGAAAUUCUGGGAUUUGUACUUUUGUGAGAGUGUUGAGAAAAUUUAGGUCUAUUCAAAGACUAGCACCAUGAUCCAGUUUUAGGAUGCAUGCAAAAAACACUACAUGACCUAUUUUUUAUAUACAUCUACUCUUCAUCUCUGCACAGGCAGUUUUUGUAAUUAGUUAUGGUAAUUAAAUACCUAGUUUUAUGAAACAGUCUUUGGAUAUGAUGAUCCAGUUUUAGGAUGCAUGCAAAAAACACUACAUGACCUAUUUUUUAUAUACAUCUACUCUUCAUCUCUGCACAGGCAGUUUUUGUAAUUAGUUAUGGUAAUUAAAUACCUAGUUUUAUGAAACAGUCUUUGGAUAUGAUGAAAGGGAGAUAAGGAAAAAAUGCAGUUGAAAAUAAUCUGAUAUUGUCUCUAGCAAUAGUUUAAAUAAGUAUGUCAGCAAUAUUUUUAAAAAUAGACAGGCACAUUUUAAGUAUUAGGUGUGUGAGAUAUACUUUCCAGUUCUGUGUUUUAUGUGUGUAACCCUAAUGGGUGAAAUGCAGCAGUGUCUGUCUUGUCAGUGGAAAGGACACAAUUGGGAGAAUGGAUUCGCCAGCCCCCAUGAGCCCCCCAGAUUUGUUCCAGAGUGUUAGGAGAUUCCCCUGAGCAUAUUAAGAUGGGAGAGGGUGCUGAAAAGGGAGGAAAGGAAGGAGAAUUUCUGUUGUGCAAGUGGAAGUCCACUUGUAGAACACUGAACAGUGUCUAGUCGGAAUAAAUUUUAUCCAGUCAUAGUUUGAACUUGUAUUCAGAAUUGAACUAACUAGUAUACAGCGCUGUGGUAGCUAUUGUUAAAACAAUAGUAAAACAAGAAACAAUAUUAUUUUCUGGCAGCCAACAAAUUUCAGGUCUCUAGAUCAAAUGAAUUUUUAAAACUGAUAUACUUGCUUGAAAAUCCCAAAUGUUUUUUGUUUUUGUUUUGUUUUUAAAUAACCAUAUACUGAUAGUAAUUAAAGCUUACUUGUACUUAUGCAGCCAGAACCAUAUUGACGGCACUUCUCUUGUUUGCUUGUCACCUUAGGGGUAACCACGAACAUAUGCACAAGUACAAAAAUAUCUGCAGGAAAAAUUAUAAGGGUGUAUAGUCCUCUCCCCCCAGCCUGCCAGCCUCAUAACAUUGAAUGUUGACUGAGUGAGGGGGGAAUAGAAUUGAUUGCUGAAACAGUAAGACAGAUUAUAUUAUUUACAUAUCCAUAUCUACAUACAUUUUGAUUCGGUAGAAAGAACCAUCUUGUUGUAUGUGUAAGUCACUUUCUGGUCCACACUGAAAAGCUAUUCUUAAAUAUCCCCAGAGAUUAAAGAGGGGGGCGGGUGUUCACAUAAAUCAUUGAACAGUCCAAAUAAUUUAAUGUAGCUGGGCACCUGUGUGUCCACCCAAAAUCCAAAGGUAAAAAAUAGAGGGGAAACCCUGCCAACAUCUACUGCACCAUUUGGUUGCAGGGCCCCAGGGUAGAAUAAUAUUUCUCCAGAUUGUUGGAAAAUGAAGGCUAAAUGACGUGUUGAUUCAUGAAGUGAUCUUUCUAUUUUCAUCUUGUUGAAAAUGGCAUAUUUCAACUGUAACUUCUUUUCCCAAGUGUAUGGCAUGGGCUGAUAAAGAGCUGUAGUCUUUCAACAUCAGGAGAGCCCCAGGUUCCCCAUCCAUAUUAUAAGUUUCCUUUGAUAAUUUGUUGAAGGUUGGGAUAUAAAUAAAAUAAGCAGCCUAUUGAAGUUGUGAUGGACCAAUUUUAUUUUUUAAAAAAGAGAAGUGGCACUAUUUUAGGAUUAUUGAAAUUCCUGCAUUGCAGGGGGUGGAGCUAGGUGACCCUAAGGUUCCCUUCCAAAUCUGCAAUUCUGUGAUGGCAAGCAAAUUGUUUUAGAAGAAGCUCCAAACCUUGUAGGGAUUUGUGAGACUUGACUGGAUGAUGCCCAGAAUCCUGUGUUGGCUUGACAGCUGGUGAUGGUAUUUUCAGACCACUGAAAUUGAGUACAGAUUGUUUUAAGGCCCACUGAUCCCCAGUAAGUUCUGAAAAUGGGACUGUCGUACACUAAACUAUUAAAAUUUGGGGCAAGCAAUGGUGGUUGGAAUAUUGAAGAGGGGGGCCUAUGUUACUGCUUUGCACAUUUGAAUCAAAGCUGCAUUUGGAGGAUGCAUCAUGACGUAGGAAAGCAAACUUUCCUAUGUAUACCCCCCCCCAUUUUAGAAAUGAAUUAUUUCAUAAAUUGCUUAGAAACUUAAUGAGCAUAAAGUCAGGUUAGAUAACAGAGAGAUUUAAAAUCAAUAUGGUGUAUUUUCUUUUUAAGAUGACUAGAAUGCCUUCAUUUCCCCCCUGAAAAAUCUUAAGGGAAAUGUAUAUUCUGGGAAAUACCUGGAACCUACCUUGCUCUAAAAUGAGAUCCUCUACCAUACAUUACAAGUGAGGGAUAGACAAUGUGAUGCCCUCCAGACAUUGUGGGACUACAACCAAUGCUAUUUUUCUAGAAAAAGAGAUGCCGAAGCUCACCAUGGACACCUCCCUUGUUCUUUUAUAAUGGCAAUGGCACCCACCUAAGCUGAGAUUUGAAUAAUAAUAAUAAUAAUAAUUUAUUAUUAUUUAUACCCUGCCCAUCUGGCCGGGUUCCCCCAGCCACUCUGGGCGGCUUCCAAAAAAACAGAAAUUCUAAAAUACAGAAAUCCAUCAGACAUUAAAAGUUUCCCUAAACAGUGGUACCUCUAGUUGCGGACUAUAUCAGUUUCAGGGUGCCAUUCACACCCCAAAAUUUCCACAACUAGAGUGCCUCUUCCACGCAUGUGCGUGGUGCAAUCAAGUGCUUCUGCGCAUGCGUGAAGCGCGCAGACCGCUUUUGCGCAUGUGCAGAGCUCACAGAUCGCUUCUGCUCAUGUGCACGUGGUGAAACCGGAAGUAAACACUUCCAGGUUUGCCGCAUUCGUAAGCUGAAAGUCUGUAACAAGAGGUACCAGUCUAGUAUGUUGUCUGAACCAGGACCAGUGAUUAAUCUGUCUUCUCACUACUCACAUUCUGUAAGCAAGGUUGCUUCUGUUUCACUGGUUGGAGAAGGCAUUUGAAGGAAAGUGGUAGAGCAGGGUAGCAAGAGACUGUUGAGGGAGGCAAACACAGUCAUUGAAUUUUGAGAGACGAAUACAUAUUUGCUGUGCUGAUACUGGUAUGGCAUGAUACCCAACAACAGCCUCAGCAAUAGCAAUGCCUGUCGUAUAAUACAGUGGUAUCUCGGUUUGCGAACACAAUCCGUUCUGCGGAGGCGUUCGCUUGCCGAGGUAUUCGCUCGCCGAAGGCACACUUCUGCACGCUUUCUGGGUCUGCAGCAUUCGUAAACGGAGGUAGUAGUAAACCGAGGUUCCACUGUACUACAUUCACCUGCGAUUACGUCACAAACUUCACAAAAAAAUAUAGUGUGCACGGAGGACAAGCUUCAUUCACAGUAGAUACCCCUUACCUCAGUGAGAAAACAUUGGAUAGAUUAACCUGAAGCCUUCCUGGCAAUUGCCAUCUUGGGCCUGAAAUCUUGGUGUUCAUUUCAUCUUCCCUCCUGACAAAAGGAUUGUUCCAAUUUAUUGUUAAGUAUUCCUUAUGCUAUUCACUUAAUGAAUUCUCAUUUUGAAAAUAGUUGCUCCUUUGCUAUCCUGCUCCCUGAGCUGCAAUUUCCCCAUCAGCGGAACAGAUGUCCUAUAAAUUAGUCCUAUAAAAUCAGUCCUAUAAAUUAGCAUGCACCAGAACUUAUCUUAAAUAGUGAGAAAAUAUGCAAACUUUUGAUGUGAUUAUCAUACUCGUAAAAGAUGUGUGCCACUUGGUUUGAAUUACACAGAUCAAGAACCCAGUUCAUCUUACAAAUGGGUCUAAAUUGCAUUAGUAUUACAGUUGGCUGCUAAAUAGGGCUUAUUGGAUACGUUUGAGCACAAGUAGGUUCCACAUUUGUAUUUUUGGCUGGGAUCUGACAUCUGCCCAAUUUUUAGCCCCUGAACUUUUGCUGGUAAUGGAUUGUGUAGCUCAAAGGAGAAGCAGCCCAACUUAUCUCUGAAAGAAGCCAUCCAGAACAGUGGGUUACAUUACGAACAUUGGUAUUGAUUUGUACGCUAUUGUAUUCAGAAAAACUACUGUGACACAAAGACUGAUCUAUUUGGCAUUAUUUUUUCUAGGCAUGUUGAUAUCUGAUGCCAGCAAUACUUUUGGUUGCUGCUAUAGAUAUAAUUAUUGUUUAGGAAAGGAAAAAUGUCUAGCUUUAUAAGUGUUUUAGGUGCCACUUAGACUUGAUGUUAUUUGAGAUGAUAGUGAAGGAAGGAGAAAUAAGCCAUAACAUAGCAUAAACAUGGGCCCUGGUCAUAACUAGUAUGAAAUAAAAAUCAAAAUAAUUCAUCUUGAAUACAAUCCAGUAUUUGUUGCUUUGAUUUCUGCAGAAACUCCUGAAGAUGAUUUUUUCUAUGAGUUCAGUUGCAAUAGAUCAGCUUGAGAAUUUUACAGUGUUGCUUUUUUUUUUUGGUUGAAGUAGUACAAAAUGUCAAAAAUUAGAAGGAAGGUCACAGUGGAAAAUACCAAGACCAUAUCUGAUAGCACAUCCAGAAGACCCAGUGUAUUUGAAAGACUUGGACCCAGCACUGGAAGUACUGCAGAGACACAGUGCCGUAACUGGCUGAAGACUGGCAACUGCCUCUAUGGGAACACAUGUAGAUUCGUACAUGGCCCUUCACCACGAGGUAAAGGCUUUAGCAGCAGUUACAGAAGGUCACCCGAAAGGCCUACAGGGGAUCUUCGGGAAAGAAUGAAGAAUAAGCGUCAAGAAAUUGAAGCUGAACCACAGAAGCAUAAUACAGAAGAGCAAUCUUCUCCUGUCAGGAAAGAAUCCUCCAGGGGGAGGCACAGGGGGAAGGAAGAUAUUAAAAUUACCAAGGAGAGAACUCCAGAAAGCGAAGAAGAAAAUCCCGACUGGGAAACAAACAGAGACGAUUCUGAUAACGGAGACGUUAACUACGAUUAUGACCACGAACUGUCUUUGGAAAUGAAGCGCCAGAAGAUCCAGAGAGAGUUAAUGAAGCUUGAAGAAGAAAACAUGGAGAAAAGGGAAGAGAUAGUAAUUAAAAAGGAGAUUUCUCCAGAGGCUGUUGCAUCAAAAUUAUCCUCGCCUUCACCAAGAAAAUCUAGCAAAUCUCCAAAACUGCGAUCAAGCCCCAAAUCUUCCUCCUCAACCGCUAAGAGGGAGAAAAAGACUUCUGCAGUUUCUUCACCCCUCUUGGACCAACAGAGGAGUUCGAAAAAUAACCACAGUAAAAAGAAAGGUCCUCGUACACCUAGUCCUCCACCGCCAAUACAAGAAGACACGGCACAAGGAAAGAAACACAAGGAGAAACACAAAGCUAAGGAGCGGUUAGAAGAGAAGCCAAGGGAGGUGAAAGAGAGAGGCCGUGACUUUGAAAGACACAAUAAAGAGAAAAAAGAGAAACAAAGAGAUCCCUCAGAAAGUUCUCAUAGACAGAGACGUUCACCUAGUCCGGAAGAACAGUCUGGUAGUAAUUCUUCUCCUUCAAGAGAAUAUUCUCCUACCACAAGGAGAAGGCAAACAUCUUGGGCUCCAGCUAAAUCCAGCAGCCAUAAACAUUCUCUUUCGCCAUCUUGCAGGUCUGCCUCACCACCAACUCAGCACCAUUCUCCCGUGUCCUCAAGACAUCACUCUUCCUCAUCUCAGUCAGGUUCUUCCAUUCAGAGACGUUCUCAUUCACCACGUCACAAAAGAACUCCUUCUCCCUCUUACAAAAGGACCGCUUCCCCACCUGUAGGCCGUUCCUCAUCUCCAUAUCCUCACCGAACCUCACCUUCUCAGCAAAAACAGACCCCUUCAAGGCAUCGUUCACCAGUCCGAGAGAGAAGCCGGCAUGAUCGUGAACGGAUUUCACAGUCGCAUGAUCGUGAGCGGAUUUCACAGUCACAUGAUCGACGCCACGAAAGGAGGGAUGAGACGAGAGGAAAAAGGGGAAGAGAGAGAGAGACUCGAGAGGAACGUGACUAUGACCAAGAACAGAGCACUCCCAGGGAUCACAGAGACGAUCGAGAAUCGAGGGAUGGGCGGGAGGGGCGGGACCGAAGGGAAACCAGGGAUAACAGAGACCGUCGGGAUUUAAGAGAAUCUCGAGACACUCGGGACUCACGGGACACAAGGGGCUGUAGCAGAGACAAUAAGGAAGGUCGCGAUCAGAGAGACCUGCGUUCUGCACGGGACACCCAUGACUACAGAGACCGCGAGUGUCGAGACUCCCAUAAAAAGGAAGAGCAGUAUUUGGAAGAAUCACGUAGCUAUGGAAGAACCCAUGGCAGAGAAGAGAGCUCUCGUUCCGAAACGAGGACAGACUCGAGAAGUGAGAGUAGAAAUGAAUCUAGAACUUCCGGAAGAAGUAGAGGAAGAGGACCUGAAUUAUCGGACAAAGGUAGUCGAGGAGCAAGGGGAUCUCAGGUUGACAGCCACAACACCAGCAGCAGCUACCACGACAGCUGGGAAUCUCGGAGCAGUUAUCCCGACAGGGAUCGCUACGAAAACCGUGAACACACGAGGGAUUCUUCCUUUGAAAGAAGGCAUGGGGAAAGGGACAAGCGCGACAACAGAGAGAGAGAUCCGAGACCAAGCUCGCCAGUACGACACCAGGGAAGGAACGAUGACGUUGAACGUGAUGAACGAUUAGAAGAGCGAAGGGGAGAUAGGGGUGAAGACCGAAGAGAUGAAAGACAGAGGGAGAGGGAGAGAGAGCGUGAGCGCGAGAGAGAAAGGGAGCGCGAGAGAGAAGCUGAACGUGAACGUGCCCGUGAGCGAGAACGCGAGAGAGAAAGGGAUAAUAAAGACAGGGAACGGGACAGGGAUCACGACAGAGAAAGAGAGAGGGAGCGGGAAAGAGAGAGGGAGCGAGAACGGGAGCGAGAAAGGGAACGAGAGCGUGAACGAGAGAGAGGGCGUGAAAGAGAGAAGGAAAGGGAGCGCCAGAGAGAGUGGGAGGACAAGGAGAGAGGAAGAGAAGAGCGCAGAGACAAGAGAGAAGACAUCCGGGAAGAAAGGGCCCCACGAGAUAGUCGCGAAGAGAGGAAGUCAAAAAAACGUCACAGAAAUGAAAGUAGCCCCAGCCCUCGUAAAUCACCUAAGCGCCGCCGUGAGCAUUCACCUGAUAGUGAUGCCUAUAACAGUGGAGAAGAUCAGAACGAAAAACGCAGAUUACUGAGUCAGGUUGUACGACCUCAAGAAUCACGCUCACUUAGUCCUACACACCUUUCAGAAGACAAGCAGAGCCGGUGGAAAGACAGCGACCGAAAGCCGGAGAGAAAGGGCAGUUCCAGACACUAUGAGGAAAGUGAUUUCAAGGACCGGAGUUCCUCUUCUGGGGACAAACAACGAGAGCAGCGGGAGACCAAUGAAAGUUCAAGGAGCCGGGUCCAAGAGAACAUAAGCACCCGGGCUUCUGAAGAACGAGAGGCUGCUGACCAUGCGCACGAAGAUAAGAAAAAAGUUAAAAUACAGAAAAAGACUACGAAGAAAAAGAAAGAAGAUGACGUUGGGGUGGAGCGCUUCGUUAGUGAGCCGGCUCCAGAGAAAGCCCAGGUCUUUUCUCCCAAGAAAGCUCAGAAAAAGAAAAGCACUGAAAAGAAGCGCAAAAGAUCAAAAGGAGAUUCUGAGGCUUCUGAAGAGGACAGCGGCCCACACCAGAAAAAGAAAAAAGGCCCAAGGACACCACCAGUAACCACCAGAGAGGAGCUGGUAGAAGCAGUGCCUGAGAAAUCUGUGGUCGUAGAAGCUGCGCCCAAGAGAGAGGACACAACGUUUAGCGACUGGUCGGAUGAAGACGUUCCAGAGCGUGGGGAAAGUAUCCUGGAGAGAGGUUCCGAGGAGCCCCACAGAAAUAGCCAUCGCGCACGGACUGAAGCCGUGGAGCCCCCUCACGUGGUUGAGGAGCCCCCUCACCAUAAACCUACUGAGGAGAAGAGAAGCAGCAGUCUUUGUAGCAAUCGGAGCCGGACCUCCAGUCGACUUCGCUCGCCCUCCAAUGAUUCUGCACAUCGUAGCGGAGAUGACCAGACCGGCAUUAAGAAGAUCCUGCAUGGCAGCGCUGGUGACAGAGAGAGAGAGAGGAGGUGUCUAGAAAUUGCUGCCGGAGAGCGGAAGUCGAGGAUUGAUCAACUAAAACGAGGGGUUCCCAGCCGCAGCACCUCUUCAGAUCGACAGGAUUCAAGGAGCCACAGUUCCAGGCGAAGUUCUCCUGAAUCAGAUCGCCAAGGUCAUUCCAGAUCUGGGUCCUUUGAUAGCAGGGAAAGGGUGCAGGAGAGAGACAGGCAUGAGCACGAUCGGGAACGGGAACGGCGAGAUGCGAGGCAGAGAGAUUGGGACCGAGAUACAGCCAAAGACUGGCUAAGGAACAGAGAGCGGGACAGAAUCCGCGAACGAGAAAGACUGCGGGAAAAACGGAGGGAUACAGAUCGUGAAAAGGAGAGGCUACUCCUGGAGAAUCCCGAGAGAGAUCGAGGUGCCAAUAUUUCCUCUCAAGCAGAGUUAUCCAAGCACAGUGAAACAAAACCGGGCAAGGAGCAUCCAGAAUUUGAGGUGAUCUAUUUGGACUCUACCUCCCUCGAGAAGGAAAGGCUAGAUAAAGACUUGGGACCUUUGCAAGGAUUCGAAGAUGGGGUUGAAGCUGAGAAAGUGGAACAUGUAGAAGGUGGAGAUGAUGAAGUCAAAAUAGAUGAUAUGCAGUCAAUGGGAUCUGGUGCUGGAGAAUAUGAGCCAAUUAGUGAUGAUGAACUGGAUGAAAUUUUGGCUGGUGAUGCUGAAAAAAGGGAGGAUCAACAGGACGAGGAGAAGAUGCCAGAUCCUGUGGAUGUAAUAGAUGUAGACUGGUCUAGUCUAAUGCCAAAGCAGCCCAAAGAGCCGCGAGAGGCCGGAGCUGCUCUUCUGAAAUUUACUCCCGGCGCUGUUAUGUUGAGAGUUGGCAUUUCCAAACAACUCGCCGGCCCUUCACUCUUCACCAAAAUUAAAGAAACAUGCCAGAGAACAAUGGAGAAACCUAAAGAUGCCGAGAACUUAUUUGAACAUGAAUUUGGGGCCCUGAACAUGGCUGCCCUACUGCGAAAGGAAGAGCGAUCUGGCCUGCUGUGUAAUCUUGGUCCCUGUUGUAAGGCCCUGUGCUUUAGGAGAGACUCUGCAAUCCGCAAGCAGCUAGUCAAAAAUGAAAAGGGCACAACCAAACAAACCUACACAAAUCCUCCAGUAGUAGACAAUGAGUUACUGCGGUUGAGUCUACGGUUGUUUAAACGCAAGACUGUUCGUCAAGUUUCUGGACAAGAAAAGACAGAGGACACUAAGCUCUCACAGCCAUAUAUCCCAGAAAUCUGCAUGUCCUGAGCUGGUUGGUGUCUCUGGCCUUUUCACUUUUCACUGAUAACAAUUGAGGUUUCCAUCUUUAUUCCUGUGAAGAAGUAUGUUUGUGCUAGAAGAGGAAAACACUUUCCAUACGUACAGUGUGCAUUACGAGAUGGGAUAGCAAAGAAGGUUGCUCGUACAACAGUUCAAAGACCUUUCUGUUUGGUUCACUGCAUGUUUUUAGUACAUCUAACUACAGAUCUUAUUUAAGAACUCACUUGUAUUUAAGUGUGUGAAGAUGUCCAUUUUUUGAGACUUGUUUUGUCACCUGCUAUUAAAUUUUUAAGAAAAAACAUGAUUUUUUAAAAAAGCUUGUGUAUAAAGUUUCUUCUGCAAAAUUUUCUUACCAAUAAGAUUUGUUUACAUUUAGUGCAAAUCUGUGCCUCUUUUAGACUGUAGCGUUCAUGUCAAAAAUACAACCACAUAAAGUCUUGUUUUCUCAAUGUG